AUGGGAUCAUCUUGUAAAUCAAUAAAAAAUACAAAAGAGUCUAAUGAUUUUGAUAUUCCAGAAUAAGAAGGAACAAUAAAAACUCUUGGUGAUGAGCCAAUUCCUAAGAAACCUUAUUGUUGUCUUUCAAAUGAAUUAACUGAACAAACUGAUAAUCUUGCAGAAUUAGAAAUCACAAAACACACAGGAAUACCUGAAAAUUAAAUUUUCCAUAAUUCAAUUCUUUACUCGAGAGAGAUUAUUCAGUCUUAAUAAUUCUAAUAAAAUAGUAAGCCACGUUAAAAAAAGAGAACGAAUAGAGUUAAUAAAAAUACUGGAGCACAUUAUGAAAAAUAAUUAUACAAAUAAUUAAGGAUGAAUAUUUUAUCUCCUGAUGGAAUAAUUAGAAAAAUAUAUUGAAAUACC